AGACAGACAGACAGAUUGUUAUAUUUGAAAGCUUACUCUACCAAUGAUGAUCGCCAACUUUUAUAUGCAAGAUUCAAACAAAACAGUCAGUGAACAAAAUGUUGAAUGUGUCUAUCUAUGAAGUUGUAAAGUUGCACUUAGACAAUUUGGCCAAGUUUUCCUCCAUCGUAGGUUAGACAAACAGACAGACAGAUGGUCAAGGCAACUUUGUUUUCAUUUUAUUAUUAUCAUUUGUUUACUUAGUGUUCAAACACUUUCUUUUUAAAAUAUUGUUUGUUAAAACAAUGUAUUUUUCAAUUUUGUGCUCCUUUCUGAAAAGCCUUGAAAGAACACAAUUCGAUAAGAAAACCUUAGGAUCAGUACUGUAGGGUAGACACCAGGAUUUGAGAGGGACACAAACACACAAGUACUGGACUAUGUAUGGACUGAGAUUCACAGGUACACUGUUGCAUUGAGGAAAUGAGAAAAUUAAUCUUGGCUGCUCAGUGAAGGCAUUUGGAAAAUUAGUGUCAAGUAAUCAUCCUGGGCAAUCACUUGAACUCCAGGCAAACAGCAUAGCCAUACUGGGAACAUGUGAUCCUGUGGAUUAUCCUUUUAAAGUGAAGAAGAAUCAUCCUUUAGAUUACAUUCGGCAAUACCCUCAUCUCAGAGCAAGAACAAAAUCAUUUGCAUCGCUCCUUCGAAUCCGAAAUGCUGCAGCUAUGGCUCUGCAUUCAUUCUAUCAGAAUGAGGGUUAUUUGUGGGUUCACAGCCCUAUAUUGACAACAAACAAUUGUGAAGAGUUAGGAGACUUGUUUCAAGUUGAGCCUGAAUCAUAUUUCCAGGGAACAUCAUCUGUAGAUGAGCAUACCAAUUCUCGUGUAUCAUUCUUUGGUUUGCCAACGUAUCUAACUGUUUCUGGCCAGCUUCAUGCUGAAAUGCUUGCAUGUGGUAUGACAAGUGUUUAUACAUUUGGUCCUACUUUUCGAGCUGAAAAGUCUCAGACUCGGCGCCAUUUGGCUGAGUUUUGGAUGUUUGAAGCUGAGUCAUGCAACUAUGAAAUCAUGGAAGAUCUUACUCAAGUUCUUGAGAAGUGCAUCAAGUGGACAUUGAAGCACUUGAUGGAUAACUAUGAGGAAGACAUAUAUUACUUCCAUAAAACAUUUUCAUCACAAUCUCAAGCUGAUGUUGCAAUAGCACUAAGAAAAGAAUUUGUGAGAAUGACUUACACUGAAGCAGUCAAAAUGUUAAAACAAAAUGACUCUGAAUUUCAGUUUAAACCCGAGUGGGGAGGUGAUCUUCAGAGUGAGCAUGAGAGACAUCUUGUCAAAUACUGUGGGAAUGCACCUGUCUUUGUGACCGACUUUCCUAGAAGCCUCAAGCCAGUCUAUGCUCGAGAUAAUGGAGAUUCUACAGCAGCAACUGUUGACUUACUUGUUCCUACUGUGGGAGAGGUAGCUGGUGGCAGUUUACGAGAAGAACGAUUCUCCAUUCUGAAAGAUCGAAUGAAGAGGAAAGGAUUUGGUGAUCAAUACGAUUGGUAUCUCGACUUGGCUCGAUUUGGAGCAAUGCCACAUGGUGGAUUUGGACUAGGGUUUGAUCGUUAUGUACAAUAUAUAUUAGGACUAGAAAAUAUCAGAGAUGUCAUUCCAUUUCCUAGAUUUGUUGGUUCAUGCAGAUACUGAUCAUAGUUGUAGACAGUAGAUUCAAUGGUAAUGGGAAUGGCAUUAGCAUGAAUUAUUCGUACAAAUAUGGGAGUGUGCAUUGUAC